CAUAAAUCACAUUGCUUCAGAAGGGACUUCAGAGAAAGUGACAUGGAGCUUUAACUGGAGAAGCGCUGUCUUCUGGUCAGAAUGAAUCCUGAGUCCCUGGACUCAUCGAUCCAGAGCUGUCUGUCUGCCCUCUACCCACCGUUUGAGGUCACGGCCUCUACUGUCCUCAGCCAGCUCUUCCAGGUCAUCGAGGGUCGUUACCACGGAGACGCCCUCCAGUGUCUGACCGACUUCCUCAUCCCUGCCAGGCACCUUCUGGAGAGCGUGCAGCAGGCGGCCUGUGCUCCGUACUCUCAGAGGGUGUUCAGAUUUUCGGGGUGGCCUCUGUGUUUACACGAUCGCAUCGUGAUCCAGCUCGCUCCCGUUAACCCUUUGCUGCUCAAACCAGGAGACUUCUACCUGCAGAUUGUGCAGUUUGGAAACCAGGCAGCCCGUAUUGUGGUCCAGAGCCUUUUGGAGGUGGAGGAGGAACGUGUGCUGGAGGAAACCCCAAUACCCGAGACCUCGUACCCCAGCAUCUUCACUGAAGCCUGGCUUCGGGAACUCAACGAUGGGAAACAUGGAACACCUCUGGCUCACUGCAUCCUCCAAACCGAGCAGGGCGUAGUCAAGGUUCCCUGGGAAGAGGUGGCCAAUCCUGAAUUUGCAGACGAUCAGAGGAUGGCCUCCUCGUCUACGUCAAACCAACAAGAGUCUUUGAGUUCGUGCCAUCCACAUACACCUACCCCUUCUAAUUUCUCAGUCGAGACGAGGAUCUGUCCUGCACGGGAUGGUAUAGCAGUGUCCUUGCGUUUGGUAGACAAUAGCAGCAGUCCCAGACACACUGAAAUGGAUCCAACUCAGUCUGGGAUGCGACCGGUGGGAUGGGUGUCUCCAAACACAUGGGACAGCAGAAGUUUGGUAAGCAAUUGCAAAGAUCUAAUUGACCUUACCAAAGAAACCCAAGGAUACUCACAAACUUGGGCUCAGACUCAUACUCCUCUGCUGAGGUCCAACAGUGCUACUCGGGAACGUACUGCUUGUGUUCGCACCGUGAGGUUCGCAGAGGAACCCUGUACGCCGUGCAUGCAGAGGAAACAUGGACAAGGGACCAAAGCACAAAAAUGUCGGUUCAUGGAACCACAAGAGAAACCUGUUAAACCCAAAGAAAGAUCUGAGCAUCCAAAUGAGCUGCGAAGCUUUCACCGACCUGCUCAGGAAAACCCAGCUUGUUGCAGCUCCUCAGAAACAGGUCCAUUAGGUAAUUCCUCCAGUGAAGGACAUAAGGAUCAAACACAGAAGAUUUCUCAGGACGAGAUACACUGUUUUACUCCAGCUGUGGUUGGGACGUCCGAGAAGUGCCACAUUGUUGUCCAGGGAGAGACAAAUGAGGUGGACAGAAGCAGCUACUUUGAAAUGAUUCCCAGGCUGCAUGUGGUUCCAGGGAAGAAGAUGACUGCUUUUGGACUCGUGUCUCCAAAAAUAAACAGAAGACGACUGGUUCCAGGGAAGAAGAUCUUUUGGAUCAAUGGAGACUUUUUUAGAGAGUAUAAAAGGAAAAAAGGAGGAAAAGAUCAAUAUCUCUCUCAGGACUCAAAAACUCUGUCCCCUCCUCUUACUGGACCACGGAUAAAUCUUUCAGACGCAUCAGCGCAAGCUGAAACAGAGAGACCACCAUCCAGAUCAUCCACACCUCCUGCACUUACAGCUGAUGGCCUCCUUCACUCAGGAAUGAUGUGCCUUACAGGGGGUCAGGACCGUUCAGGCCGAGCAGUGGUGGAGAUUUAUGGAGAUCAUCAGGUCUGGGCUUCUGCGCCCAUUUCAAGCCAGGAGAUCUGCAAACUACUGCUGUACUUUCACACCAUCACCAGGAAAGAAAAAGAUCUAGGGAUGACGGUGGUGUUUGAUGCACGGAAGAAGCCGCCACAUCCAGAGAUCGGCAAAGCUCUCCUUAUGCUCCAGGAACUCGAUCCUCAUGCUGUGCAUUGGGUUCUGCUGCUGCUGAAUAAGGACAACAGCCACAGUCAUGAGAAAAGGCCCGGCGUUACGAUGGAAACUGUGACAUCACUUAAGGCUCUUUAUAAAAUAGUGGAUGUCAGUCAGCUGACUGCAGCUCUACACGGAUCCUUCCAGUACAAUCACUGCGUCUGGCUACAGAUCCAUCAGAAACUGUAUCCAUUUGUGUCAGAUCUUCAGGAGGCGUCCGCUCUGCUAUCAGGAGCCGUAAAGAAACUGGAAGGCGUUCAUAAGAUCGACACAGUGCAGGAUGUGCAGCAGUGCAUUGAGGAGCAGGGAGCUCUAAUGAAGGAUGUGCUGGAAGAUGCACGAUUGGUCAGAUUGCAAAGGGGAGGCGGAGCCAUGCUGGCGAGGCUGAGGAGGGAAACUGAAGUGAGGUCACCAGACUGUGAACAGAGCCGUGAGGUGAUCGACACAGUCACACACCUGUACAACGCCAUGGAGGAGCAGGUGCACAUCCUGGCCAGGAAGUCCAAUAUGUCCCUGCAGCACCUGGACUUCCUGUUACAGCUCAGAGAGAUGGAGUCCCGGUUUGCAAAGAUUAAGGACUGGUUUGACACAGAAGGAGAAACGCGGCUCCUGCAGGCUGAAACUGUGGAAGACUGCAGUGAACGAAUCCAGCAAACGCUGCAGAGUUUCAAAGCUUUUCUCUCCGAAGCAAAUGAGCGAAAGCAUCAGGCGAUGAUGCUGGUGUCAGAUGCAGAGAGCGUUCAAGGGCCGAACUAUCCCGAGACGGAGGUGUUUCACAGGAUGGUGUCUGUGUUUAAAUCCAGUCUGGCUGACUUUGUGUCGCGGGCCGAGCGCUGCUGUGAAGAGCUGGGCAUGAUGGUGUACAUCUGCCACUUCUGCGAGAGGGCAUCAGCUGUGGCCAGUGAUUGCAGACGAUUUUUGGAACAGGAGCAACACUGCAGUUCUCCAGAUGAGGAGCGCUGGACACAUCUUCACGCUUACCUGCAGAGGUUAGACGAGUUUUCUCCAGAGCACUUCCAGGACGUGAGAGCGCAGGCCAGUUCCAGCUCCAGAGCUCUGCAGGUGUGGGAAGCCGCCUGGAUCCACUGCCAGGACGUCCGGCGACAGCUGGAGGAGAGACUGGUGCUUCUGGAAGGAGCUCAAACCACCGCUGGACAUCACUCUGAUUGGCCCGAGGGCGCUCCAGUACAAGAGGAGCAUGGGAUUGUGCCCGAGCUGUCGGAGAGCAGGGCGAGUCGGGCGAGGGACAGCAUUCACGGCACCGUCACCUGCUUCAACUUCAGAUCCAGCCACAAAACCCGGAAAGAGGCCAAAACCGCUCAGACUGGGAAGGAAAUUUCUGCAGACUGCGACCAGAGAGCCAAAAGUGUUGGCAGAAAAGCAUCCCAAGAGCAGAAACCCAUCACAGGCUCGAGUGCGGUGGGCUGUCAGUGGUUUCCUUGGCACAACGCAGCCAGCAGAACCAACAGCAAGGGACCCGAGCUCCACAUCACAGAGCCAGUCUUCUGCCAGAACCAGCCGUACAUAAACUCCCGCCACGGCAGCUUCUGCUCUCAGACGGCCUGUGAAGAGCCGGAGGGCGCUAGAGACGUCUCUGUGUUCACAGACAGCUGGAGAACUGAUGGAGAAAACACUGCAUCCACCCCAGAAAGCCCAAACAGAACCAUGAAGCUUCAUCGCAUCAUGGAGGAGCUCCUGCUGACGGAGGUGGAGUACGUCCGCUCUCUCGGCUACAUCUUGACUCACUACUUCCCCCUGCUGUCCCGGCCGGACGUCCCGCAGGAUCUGCGCGGUCAGCGCGGACGCAUCUUCGGUAACCUGGAGAAACUGUACGACUUCCACUGCCAGCACUUCCAGCAGGAACUGGAGGCCUGUCAGGCAGAACCGCUCCGAGUCGGGCGCUGUUUCCUCAAUCACAGAGAGAGUUUCGGGCUUUACGCCCUUUACAGCAAGAACAAACCCCAGUCUGACGCUCUAAUCCAACAUCACAGAUACUUCAAGCGUAAGCAGAUGGAGUUGGGUGACAGCAUGGAUCUCUCGUCGUACCUGCUGAAGCCGGUCCAGAGGAUCAGUAAAUACAGUCUGCUGCUGCAGGAGAUCCUGGACGAAUGUGUGCCGGAUCAGAGCGGAGAACGAGAGGAGAUCCAGGCGGCUGUGGAGGUGGUGCGAUUCCAGCUGCGGCACGGGAACGACCUGCUCACCAUGGACGCCAUCCGCGACUGCGAUCUGAAUCUGAACGAGCAGGGCCAACUGAUUCGGCAGGAUGAAUUCUGGGUAAUUUUCCGCAAGAAACGUUCCCUCCGACGAGUCUUUCUCUUCCAAGACGUCAUCCUCUUCACCAAGACCAAAAAAAACGACCGUGGAGAUGAUGUGUAUGUUUACAAAAUGUCUAUCAAGACCUGUGAGAUUGGAAUGACUCACUCGUGUGGGGUGAGCGGCCGCAGUUUCGAGAUCUGGUUCAGGAGGAGACGGUCUCAGGACACCUACAUCUUACAGGCCGAGACACGGGACGCCAAAGAGGCCUGGACCAGAGACCUGGAGCACAUACUGUGGGAACAAGCGCUGAAGAGCAGAGAGCUGAGGAGGCAGGAGAGGUUGUUCAUGGGAAUGGGCUGGAAACCUUUUUCCGACAUUCAGCCUAGAAACGCAGCUGUUAGCAAUCACGCCGUGAAUGGUGAUGUCACAGGAAGAGAAGUUGUAGGAAUACUGAAAAGACCCAACCCCUUGGUGUCUAGCCUUCAAAGGGGUGUGGCUUUGCCACGGCCAGAUUCGAUUGGCUCUGGCAGCAGCACGUCAACCGCAGGCAGCCACUCAUCAUCCUCCUCUGGGCGGGGCUCCAUGUCACCCAGCGUUUUCCAAGGAAAAUACGAUUCCUCUACUGAGAACGCAGGUUUAUUUAGCUGUGCGGAUCAUAAUUGCCCCACAAGAAGAAGAGCGUCUGUGUCGUCACUGCUUCUCUCCAGACCUUCAGCGUGUCAGUCGUCUCCCGCUCAUGUUCUUCACCACGGCUCACCUGCCCUGUCCAGGAAGAAGCUCGGCCCACAAACAGAUGCUCACGGCUCUCUCAAGUUUCAAGAGCCGAUUCGUUCCAAGGCAUCAACAGAAGUUUAGCUGUGAUUGAGGCAUGCUUACAUCUCUCCAGAAGAAGUUCACUGAUAUCAGAAACUACAGGAAACUCAUGUAAGAUGCCACUGUUUGGAUUCAACCCAGAACAGAACAAAUUUUAGAUUUUUGUUUGUAUAAAUGAAGUGAGAAAUAAUAAAGAACAUAAACAAGAUGAUAUUGACCAGAUCUGAGACUGUGGACCAGUUCUUUACUUCCUGUGCUGAGCAUCUGAAAAAGACACAUGUGAGGACGUUUUCCUGGAAAAACAACUGAAAUAUUCUCUUAAAGCUUUAUUGUGCAAUUAGUUUGCAUGAAACAAUAUUUCUUGAUGAUUUCUUGAUGAACUGUAAAAAUGUAUUUUAAAAUCAGAUGCAAUGCGUAUGCAAUGUUUAAUAUUACAACUCCAGGAUAUAGACCAAUAACCAAAUACUCUCUGUUCUGUGAUGAUCCAUGUCCAUGAUUAUCAUACUUUCUGCUGUAACACUGAAAUGUUGUGCUUUGUACAUGUACCCAGCUUAAAAACCUCAGUAUAGUUUAUGGGGUUCAGGGAAUUUUUUAAAUAUAUACACACACAAUUGCUUGAAAAAAAUUAUAUUUUUGAAUAUUAAAUUGGACUCUUAAGGAUUUUACACAGCAUGUUUAAAAGUAUUGGACUCUGUAUUUUGUGUACUGUAAUAUAUCAGAUGUCAGUACCUCAGUGGAGGGAGAAAACUGCAUUGUAUUAUUUAAACGAUUUAUAAUAAAUAAAAGGUCAUUAUAAUUUGCUUUGUUUU